GGGCUCCAAAAUCACUGCAGAUGGUGAUUGCAGCCAUGGUAUUAAAAGACGCUUGCUCCUUGGAAGAAAAAUAAUGAGCAACCUAGACAGCAUAUUAAAAAGCAGAGACAUUACCUUGCCAACAAAGGUCUGUCUAGUCAAAACUAUCGUUUUUCCACUAGUCAUGUAUGGAUGUUAGAGUUGGACUAUAAAGAAAGCUGAGUGCCGAAGAAUUGAUGGUUUUGAACAGUGAUGUUGGAGAAGACUCUUGAGGGUCCCUUGGACUGCAAGGAGAUCCAACCAGUCCAUCUUAAAGGAGAUCAGUCCUGAAUAUUCAUUGGAAGGACUGAUGCUUAAGCUGAAACUCCAAUACUUUGGCCACCUGAUGUGAAAACUGAGUUAUCUGAAAAAACCCUGAUGCUGAGAAAGAUUGAAGGCGGGAGGAGAAGGGGAUGACAGAGGAUGAGAUGAUUGGAUGGCAUCAUCUACUCAAUGGACAUGAGUUCAAGUGAACUCCGGGAGUUGGUGAGGGACAGGGAGGUCUGGCGUGCUGCAGUCCAUAAGGUUGCAAAGAGUUGGACAUGAUUGAGCGAUUGAACUGAACUGAACUGAGAGGUGGCACCGGCGGUGGACACGUCACAACUGAGUGCACGCCGCUUAGAAGAGGCUGAGACAGAGCCACCGGGCACCGCCUGUAUGAGUGGCGUGGCCACUGGCACGGCGGCCACUGGAACUCACUGUGGCUCCUUAGGGUACGGUCCAGGCCUGGCUGGGGGACCAAGGCAAACAGCCUGAACACAAACACCUGGACUUAACCCUGUGCCUUCGUGUCUCCUUCUGGGAAUGGCCAGGAAGGGGAGCCACCAGGCCUGGCUGGACUUCUGUCUCCAAAUGUCUCCUCUGCCCCCUCCGCCCUCUCCUUCGGAGGCCUUCCAGAGCCCCAGCAAACCCAGGCCCUGGCAUGCCCCCAGGCUGACCCACCCGGGCACCAGGCACCCAGCCUCAUGGGACCCUGAGUGACUCUUUCCUCCUGACGGAGGGUGGGGAGACCUGCCUGGCCCAGAGGGGCAGAGAGACACUCUGUUGCCACAUGGCCCUCCAGGACAUGGCUCUGACUUCUCUCUUCUGCCCACAGAGCCAGCAUCUAGGGGUGAGUGUGGGGGCCCAGUGGCUUGGCUCCGGGAACCUCCCUGCCAGGCCUCCCCCAUCACUCUGGGUCUUCGGAGAGCCAUGGAAACCAAGCAGUCCUCACCUCUUACCCCCAGUUCUGUUAUUGGGCUAAAUGGAGACCCCGCAGUCCUGGUCAUCCAGAGAGAGGGGAAGGGGAGGAGGUCAAGGGAGGGCUCCGUCUCCCAGGCCUCUGCCAGCCGGGGCAGCAAUCAACGGGACAGGGUUGGCCUUUUGUGGCUUCUGGGGCCUGGACGGGGCUUUAAGGGGCUCUCACCUGGAUCAGAUAUCAGGUUGGUUCAACCUGUGGUGGAGAUGGGACUCAUUCACCCUGGGGAGAGGGCCUGGUUGGGGAUGGGAAGGUAAGAAGGGUUGCCAGGUGUAGAAAGGGGUUGGCAGGCAUGAGAGGGACACAGGGCCUCCAGGGCUGUUUCCAGCUUGGCGAUGAAGCUGGCCUGGGCCCCAGGGCUAAUGUCUGUUCUCAUAUCACGAGGCUCUUGGCAUUGUAGUGGUCUGGGGGAAGAAGCAUCCUCAUCGUGACUGCCCCCUGCCUCAGUGGACCCCAAGGAAGAGUUAAGGGGACAGAGCUCUUGUCUGUGGUGAUGACAUAAGACCGCCCCCCACCUCCCCAGUGCACAUGGCCCUUCCUACCUUCGGAUCCACUCCUUGGCCCCGGCCCUGCUGACAACCUGCCCAGUCCCUAUCUGAAGCCAGGGGUACAUCUGCACCCACAGUUCCCGUGGCACUUGUGGGUGGGGUUAGGGGCACAGCUCAACUGAAGUGGAGAAAAGAAAAGAAACCGCCCCCCCCAUCAGAGUUCCCAGGGUGGCAUCAGCAAUUUCACCCACAAGUCUUCCCACCCCACCCCCAGCCCCUGGCCAGCUCUUCCAGCCCCAGAAAAAGGCCCUGGCAGCACCCAGAGUCCCAGCCUCACUUACACCCCCCUUUUCCCAGAUGCAGGAUGGUGGUGCUCAAUCACAGCUGAAUCCCGCAAGCAGGGUUGGUGAAGGGGAGGGGAGGGAGAGUGCCUGGCCAGGGGAGCAGGGGGCCCAGAGCAGGCAUCGGGCAGGGCGGGUAGUGGUGGUGGAAAACCAGAGGGCCUCCUCCUGGGGCUCCAUCUCCUCCUCCUGUUGACCCUCCAGGGAGACCCGGGGAUGGUUCACAUGGAACGGGCCACAGCAUCGGACUCUCCUGCCCCUGGUCCUGUCUGUGCGGUGCUCAGUCACUUCUGUCGUGUCCGACUCUGCAAGCCCGUGGACUGUAGCCCCCAGGCUUCUCUAUCCAUGGGAUUCCCCUGGCAAGAAUACUGGAAUGGAUUGCCAUUCCCUCCUCUGGGGGAUCUUCCUACCCAGGGAUCGAAACCCAGCCUCCUGCAUCUCCUGCAUUGGCAGGAAGAUUCUUUACCACUUGGCCACUGGGAAAGCCCUGUCUUGGUCCCAGAUGCAUCCUCAUUUGUGUCUUUGCUAAGCCAGGACUUUCAGUGGUAGGCGCUGAGGGGCAGGCCUGUGAGAGUAAAACCUCUGCUUGUGGGUGAGCCCAGCUGGCUGCCUGGCACCCAGCUCUGAAACUCUGCCUCUUGGCACAAAGCUACUCUUUUGAUUGUUAUGUGAAGUGGCAGAUGUGAAAAGAUCUCAGAACAAUCGUGCUUAAUUGGAAGUAGAAGUGUUUGGUGGUUGGGCAUGUCGAAUACAGGGAAGACCUUGCUCCCUGAUGUUGACAAGGCUCCUGCAGGGGUUCAGUGGGCGGCUCAUCCUGGAUCUGUCUCAUUCCUCAAAGGCCCCCAGGAGCACAGAAACCACACAUCAAAAAAAAGGGUGCAGAGGGAAUUUCCUGCUGGUCCAGUGGUUAGUAGCAUUUUCACCGCCGUGACCCGAGCUUAAUUCCUGGUUGAGGAAUUAAGAUCCCCAACCAGGGGAUCUUCAGCAUUUGUGGCCUCAACUGUCUUAGUCCCUUGAAUGCAUGCAUGCAUGCUCAGUUGUGUCUGACUAUUUGGGACCCCAUGCACUAUACCCCGCCAGAUUUCUCUGUCCUUGGGAUUUCCCAGGCAAGAACACUGGAGUGGGGUGUCAUUUCAUUCUCCAGGGGAUCUUCCUGAUUCAGGAAUCGGCUCCCACAUUGGCAGACAGAUCCUUAAACAAUGAGCCCCCUGGGAAGCCCCAGUAUGUAUUUACCAGGGCUUAAAACAAGAGAUAACAAACAGAAAGUGAUGUGAGGAUGUCAGAGCUAGGACAGGAAGCACGUGACUUCUGAGAAGGGAAAUCAGUCAAAAACCAGGUAGCACUUGUUGAACCAGCAGCAGCCCAGGGAACAACGGCUGCUGGAAGCUGGACCUCGGCCACCCUGUUUACCUAUCACGGCAGCACCCGUUUGCUGAUACAGGGAUCAAGCACUUGCCCACUGUGUGGAAGCAGAGUCUUAAUGACUGGACCGCCAGGGAAGUCAUAAAAGCCUGCAUUUUCAACAGCAAUCCACAGCUGACAAGCAUCCUAACCCAGAAGGCUGCCUUCCAAGUCAGUCCUCAAUGUUCCCUGUGAGCCUGCGGAUGCCACUCGAGAUGGCCCCUUUUGGUGGCUGGGGAACGCUCGCAGCCUUUCUCUCCCUGCUCUGCUGCCGAGGGUCUGGUGAGAAGGCGUUCGAGGGGCCAGAGCGACUGAUGGUGGGGUCUGGAGAGUUUCAGUUCAUUAACUGUACUGCCAGUUGUACGGACCCCAAGAGACUUGUUCUGGAGACGGCCCUAAACAAGACUGUCCUGGAGAGCCAGGCUCAGUGGAAGCUGUUCAAGGUCUACAACAUCUCCAAGGAUGAGGAGCUCCUGUGCAGUUCCACCUGCGGUGGCAAGCAGGAGACAAAAGUUUUCCACAUCACUGUGUUCUACCCUCCAAAGCAAGUGCUGCUGACACUGUCGCCCACCUCAGUGGCUGUAGGGACUCUGUUCACCAUCGAGUGCAGGGUCUCCGCUGUGGCCCCCCUCGAAGGUCUCACUGUCACCCUGCUCCGUGGUACUGACAUCUUGUGGAAUCAGACCUUUGUGGGGACAGCACUUUCCCCCCAAGAUGCCGUGGUCACCCACAACACCACAGCUCACAGGGAACAUGGCCUCUAUAACUUCUCAUGCGAGGCCCUGAUGGAUCUGCGCUCUCGCGGCGGUGGCCUCGUCCACAGGGUCUCAGAUCCCCAGAGGCUUGAAGUCAAAGAGCCCAUGCCCAGCAACCAGCUGGUGACCAUCAUCACGAUCCUGGUAGUCCUGCUGCUCUUGUUGGUGACAUUCGUCCUCCUGUACCGGUACUGGUGGCGGCCACAUCACAACUGAGUGCACGCCACUAAGAAGAGGCUGAGACAGAGCCACCGGGCACCGCCUGUAUGAGCGGCGUGGCCACUGGCACGGCAGCCCCUGGAACUCACUGUGGCUCCUUAGGGUGCGGUCCAAGCCUGGCUGGGGGACCAAGGCAAACAGCCUGAACACAAACACCUGGACUUAACCCUGUGCCUUCGUGUCUCCUGCUGGGAAUGGCCAGGAAGGGGAGCCACCAGGCCUGGCUGGACUUCUGUCUCCAAAUGUCUCCUCUGCCUCCUCCGCCCUCUCCUUCGGAGGCCUUCCGGAGCCCCAGCAAACCCAGGCCCUGGCGUGCCCCCAGGCCGACCCGCCCGGGUACCAGGCACCCAGCCUCAUGGGACCCUGAGUGACUCUUUCCUCCUGACGGAGGGUGGGGAGACCCGCCUGGCCCAGAGGGGCAGAGAGACACUCUGUUCCCACUGGCCCUCCAGGACAUGGCUCUGACUUCUCUCUUCUGCCAACAGAGCCAGCAUCCAGGGGUGAGUGUGGGGGCCCAAUGGCUUGGCUCCGGGAACCUCCCUGCCAGGCCUCCCCCACCACUCUGGGCCUUCGGAGAGCCAUGGAAACAAAAGCAGUCCUCGCCUCUUACCUCCAGUUUUGUUAUUGGGCUAAAUGGAGACCCCACAGUCCUGGUCAUCCAGAGAGAGGGUAAGGGGAGGAGGUCGAGGGAGGGCUCCGUCUCCCAGGUCUCUGCCUCCCAGGUCUCUGCCAGCCGGGGCAGCGAUCAAUGGGACAGGGUUGGCCUUUUGUGUCUUCUGGGGCCGGUACGGGGCUCUAAGGGGCUCUCACCCGGAUCUGAGAUCAGGUUGGUUUAAGGCCUCCGUGUGGUGGAGAUGGGACUCAUUCACCCCGGGGAGAGGGCCUGGUUGGGGAUGGGAAGGUAAGAAGGGUUGCCAGGUGUAGAAAGGGGCUGUUGGGCAGGAGAGGGACACGGGGGCUCCAGGGCUGUUUGCAGCUCCGUGAUGAAGCUGGCGCGGGCUCCAGGGCUGAUGUCUGUUCUCAUGUCUUGAGGCUCUCAGCAUCGUAGUGUGAGAGAGGCAGUUCCUAGGCAGCUUGAUAAGAAGUCUGGGGUCCCCAAGGAGGAGGAGAAAGGGACCUGGAAUUCUCAAGGAGGAGGAAAGAACAAACAUCUUUUUUUCUUAGUCACAUGGUGUUGCUGGUUUAGUCGCUAAGUCGUGUCCGACUCUUGUGACCCCAUGGACUGUAGCCUGCCAGGCUCCUCUGUCCCUGAGAUUCUUCUAUGCAAGAAUACUGGAAUGGGUUGCCAUUUCCUUCUCCAAGGGAUCUUCCUAACCCAGGGAUUGAACCCGGGUCUCGUGCAUUGCAGGGAGAUUCUUUCCCAACUGAGCUAUAAGGGAAGCCCUUAGUCACAUAAAACGUUGUUUUCUUUAACCUGAGGAACUGAUGAUUACAACAAACAACUCAGUUUAAACUCUGUACUGAGGAUUAUAUAACAACUAUGUAUCCUGCUUGAGGGCAAUUUUUCCUUCCUGGAAACCUUCGGGCUAAUCCUGAUAUCUUAAAAUGUAAAUUACGGGAGUGUUUCUAGUAAGAUCUUUACAACCUAAAGACAUUCUUUUGAUUUAUUGUAAUAACUAAUUUAAAAAGUAUAUAACUCCCUUGCUAACACUAGCGAGGGGGGCAGUCUCUGUUCCCUUCUGAUGUCUAGGUCAGAAGCUUUCUCGGUCCUUUUCAUACUUUAAUAAAACUCUGCUACACAAAA